AUGGCCAGCGCCAGCUCGGUGGCAGCGUACAUAGCAGCCACAGAGGUCCAAGAUGAGGUGCAGCGCUUCUUUGCUGCGCUCUUUGCGUCCACGCAGCUACCGCCCAACCCAUACCCGAUGCUCCUGGACCACUUCCGGCGCCUCGAGCCGUCGCCAGCCAUCGUGUCGACGAAGCGAGGACCAACGACGCCGGUGACAACGACCUCGAGCAGCCUCUCAUUCGCAUCACCGGCAUCCAGCGGACAGUUUAUCGCUCGCGCGCACGUGGCCGCGCGCCUCAAUGUCGACGCGCUCGGACGCAUUUAUGCUGCGCUCGACGCGUCGCGCCUUGUCACACUGUACAAGACGACGACCGACGACGCCUACACAACGACGCUCUUCGUCGUGCUCGUGGGCCGUACCGUCUUUUCGGGUCCGCUGCAGCCCGUGCCCACAUCGCUCGAGCUGCAGCAGCACGUCGUCAUCCAAGGCGAAAAGCUCGAGAAGGCCAUCGCCAUCUUCGUGGCGUGUCUCGCCAAGGACGUGGCCAUGACCACCGCUGACAACGCUCUCACGCGUGGCCUUGUCGUCACGAUUCCGGCGUACAAGUCGUCGGACAGGGCGACCGAGAAGGUUUGGACCAGUGAGAUGGUCAGCGCCUCGCGCAGCGCCUUCUCAAGCGCAGUCAAAGCGGCUCUCAUCGCGCGAGCGCGCAUCUACAUUUGCUUUUACGAGCUACCCAACGAACGCGGGUACCGGCGAAUCACCAAAGACUACAUAUUGCAUCAUGAUGCGACGACCACCGUCCGCUCGUUUUGUCAAGAUGCAAGCAUCGCACUUGACCAAGGCGUCUUCUUCCAUCCGGACGCGCUGCGCGUGUACGUGGCGCGGCUCUGCAAUGUGUACCCCGAGCGCCCCGAGCCAAUUCGACGAGAUCGCAUCCUUCUAGCACAUACAAAGCACAAUGUGCUUGCGUGCUUGCAAGAGCUCCUGCUGCAUGUGCUGUGGACGCCAGAGGCGCCAGCCCCCCACGUCCUCGAGAGCAUUCUCGCUGUCACAUGUCAACCGCUACUGACACAGCUCUGUCACAUCGUCGAGUCGGUGCGACGCCUCUUGGAGGUUCUCACGCUGACAAAAGCCGUGCAGCAUCUUGCUCCUAUGCUACACGACAUUGCAGCUAGCGUAAAAGCUCUCGCGACGAGCCGAGAGAGCUCCUUCUUGCCGCCGCUCCAAGCGUAUUUGACAGAGCACGUGCUCCCGACGCUCGUUGAUCUUCCCGAAGUCCGAGACGCAGCGUACUCGAGCGCCUAUCCGCACUGGCACAGCAGCUUGUACAGCCUCCUCGGACUCGUCGACGGCGUUGCGUCGAGUCUGGCGCGAGACAUUAUGCUGUCCGAACGCGGGGUCGACGCGCUGCAACUUGUUGACACGCUGCGUACAUUGAGCCUAUCGUCAUUGCCUGCGGCCGCGGAGAAGGCGGCACCGACAUCGUUCUUUGGGAAGAAGAAGAAGGCAGCGAUCAGGCCUGCCCCUAGCCCAAUUGUGGUGCCAUCGUUCGGGUCGCCCGUCGACGCGCUGUGCGUCGAUGUUGUUACCGAGACUGAGACUGCGCUCUCGCAAGGACGCUACCCGCGGGCAAUCGCGACGCACGUCACACAGCUGCAAUACGUGGUCGACACGCGAUUGGACGCCGCGCUUGAAACGACACUCGUGUCCAUCAUGUACGAGCAAACAUUGGCGCCAAGGAGCAUCUACCCCACGCUCGUCCAGCGUCUAUGUCCUAAAGGCGCCUACUUUGUUUUGUUUCAAGCCAAAGGACCGGAGUUGCCGGCGGCAAUGCCAUUGUUUCGUAUUGCGCCACAGCUGGCGACAGACGACCCGAUGACCGUCCAGUUUAUCGACGACCCGGCACCCAUGGCGGGCACCGGUGUUGCGCUUGCCCUCGCGCCGGCACUUGUCGCCGCGACGUGGGCCUGGCUCACGACGGCGCCGACAUUUCUUGGCAUAGAGUACACGUCGACGGCUGCGCUGCAAGCCGACGCGACGUGGCUGUGGUCGCACGGAUGCGUGGUGUCGUUCAUUGAGCACAUUGUGAUCGAGAGUGUUCAGAGCAACAAUGCGUCGACCAAAGCCAUCGAGCUCUUCAGCGAUGCAGUGCUGCAAGACGUCCUUCGUCUCGUGGCGCGGUCGGACGUGCUUGUCGUCGCCUUGGCCAUCGGCGACAGCAAGAUCCUCGGCCCCAAAGCCGUCCAGAGUCAGCGCGAUCUCACGCGGCACUGGGUCGAAAAGGCAGUGCGGGCGCUCCAUCCAAUCGAGCUCUCGCUCCUUGUGGACGCGCGCGUUGUCCGCAAGUCGUACCUUCUGCACGUGGCCAAAGCGGCGACACCGCUGCAGGCGUACACGACACAGCCACUCGCGUUAUCGCAGGUCUUUACCACCUUGGCGGACGCCCAACGGGUGCUCAAUUCGACGCCUCGCGAGUCCGAGCCGUUGAGAGCCCCGAGUCGCCUCGAGGCUUGGACAGCCAUGUACACGGCUAGCGCCAAGGCGCCGACUGUGGCCGAUUGCAUCCGCCGAUGUCUUUGCUCGUCGGUGGCGACGUUCGUAGCCGCGGAGCGCCGGCUCGAGGCGCUGGUCGCUUUGGCAAUUUACCGCACGAGCGACGCCUUGCUGCACUUGCGCCGCCUUGCAAGCGCGUGGCUGGGCGACGAUCUUGGUGUCGCGUUGAGCGCUCCGUAUUUGGCUACGUACGUGCAACCCUGGGCAGCAGCGUACGAAGACCUCGUCAGUGCGCUGCAAGCCAACGAGAUGAGUGACGACGUCGUGUCACGACUGCAAACGCUGCGCGGCGUGCUCUUGUUUGUGUCGCUGCAGUGGCAGAGUGCAGUGGACGGCGCGAUCACCGAGGCGACAGCCCGCAGCGCAUCGAAAAUCAAGAGCUAGUCGGUUAUCUAUCUAUCUAUCUAUCUAUCUAUCUAUCUAUCUAUCUAUCUAUCUAUCU